AUGGCGUCUAUCAUGGAAGGGCCACUGAGCAAGUGGACCAACGUCAUGAAAGGUUGGCAGUACCGCUGGUUUGUGUUGGACUAUAAUGCCGGACUGCUGUCUUACUACACGUCAAAGGAUAAGAUGAUGCGAGGGUCCAGAAGAGGCUGUGUGCGACUUCAAGGUGCUGUGAUUGGCAUCGAUGACGAGGACGACAGCACGUUCACCAUCACAGUGGACCAGAAGACUUUUCAUUUCCAAGCCAGAGAUGCGGACGAGCGAGAAAAGUGGAUCCACGCCUUAGAGGGAACCAUCCUGCGGCACACCCAUCAACUCCGGGAGGCAGAGACGGGAUUUGUACCAAGUGUCCAAGAUUUCGACAGAAAACUUGCAGAAGCUGACGCCUAUCUACAGAUUCUGAUUGACCAGUUAAAGCUUUUUGAUGAGAAGAUCAAGGACUGUAAAGAGGAUGAAUCACGCAAGAAAAUUGAAAAUUUGAAGGAGACUACUUGUAGUAUGGUAGAAUCCAUCAAGCACUGUAUUGUUCUGCUGCAAAUUGCCAAGGACCAAAGUAACGAACAGCAACACGCAAACGGACUUAUAAGCACCAUCAACCCCGUGGAUGGGAUCUACCAGCCGCCACUGGACACUCCUUUAGUCAACACCACAAUGCCAACACAGACCACUCUUCCCACAGAUACAUCUCAGGUGUGUAAAUCGGACCAGCGACCAUCCACUUUACCCGUUGGUCCUGUCGUCACGGUGAUGGGCAGUUUGCAGACCCCAACUCCCAAUAGCACAGGGAGCGGCCCGUCAGGCCCCAACAGCGGCGUCACCUCCCCAUCUCUCAUCCAGCUCCCCUCCCACUCGGUACCAGACUUCUCGUAUUCUUCCAGCGAGGAUGAGUUUUACGACGCGGACGAGUUCUACCAGAGCACCACUUCCCCGAAACACUGCAUGAAUCCCUCAGGACCCCCAGCUGCAUCACCCCUCAAUAAUGACGAAACGGCAUUAAAGAGACCAAACACUACAGACUCGCUCAACUCGACAAUGUCAAAUGGCACUACAGAAGCAGAUCAAUUUGACAGCCACGACGACCGUGACGAUGACGGCGAGGGGGAGUCCGUGGAGGAGCACAAAAGCGUCAUCAUGCACCUCCUCUCCCAAGUCCGCCUGGGCAUGGAUCUCACCAAGGUGGUCCUGCCUACCUUCAUCCUAGAAAGGAGAUCUUUGUUAGAAAUGUAUGCUGACUUCUUUGCACAUCCAGACUUAUUUGUAAGUAUCGCAGAGCAGCCGGAGCCCCGUGAGCGCAUGGUUCAAGUGGUCAAAUGGUACCUCUCGGCCUUCCACGCUGGGAGGAAAGGCUCGGUGGCCAAGAAGCCUUACAACCCUAUCCUGGGAGAGGUCUUCUUCUGUCACUGGGAUUUGCCUUGCAAGACUGAGGAGCCCUCCACUCAAACGGACUCACUAUCAGAUGGUCCGGUUCCAUGGUCUUCACCCAACAAUGUGUCUUUUGUGGCAGAGCAGGUCUCUCAUCAUCCACCAAUUUCUGCAUUCUACGCGGAAUGUUUAAGCAAGAAAAUCCAGUUCAACGCUCACAUCUGGACCAAAUCCAAGUUUCUUGGCAUGUCUAUAGGUGUUUAUAAUAUUGGCCAAGGCUGCGUGUCAUGUUUAGAGCACGAUGAACAUUACAUCCUCAACUUCCCCAACGGAUACGGCAGGUCUAUUUUGACCGUUCCCUGGGUGGAGUUGGGUGGAGAGUGCAACAUCUCCUGCUCCAAAACGGGCUACAGCGCCAACAUCGUGUUCCAUACCAAACCCUUCUACGGAGGAAAGAAGCACCGAAUCACGGCUGAAAUAUUUGCACCGAAUGAUAAGAAGUCUUUCUGCUCUAUUGAAGGCGAGUGGAACGGAGUGAUGUUUGCCAAGUGGGCCACUGGGGAGAACACAACUUUCAUAGACACUAAGAGAAUGGGUAUUAUGAAAAAGAAAGUGAGGAAGCUGGAAGACCAGCUAACGUACGAGUCAAGAAGACUAUGGAGAGACGUGACGUUAAACCUGAAGCUCAAAGACAUCGACGCCGCAACGGAAGCCAAACACCGGCUGGAGGAGAAGCAGAGAGUGGAAGCCAGAGAAAGGAAGGAGAAUGAACAGCAGUGGGAAACGAGGCUAUUCCACGAGGACGGCGAGUGUUGGGUGUAUGACGAACCUCUGCUCAAGAGACUGGCCUCUCCCCGACCCUGA